GUUAUGGCACAAAUUUCUUCCAUAUUUCCUGUUUUAAGGAAAACACGUUUCCUUGAUUUUAGGCCAUGAUUCCAUGCAUGGUUUCCUUUUUUUUGCUCCUUGUUUUGUUCCAGGUUUCCUUAUUCUGGGUGCAUACGCUUCUUCUCAAUGCCUAUAUAAGGCAUCAAGCAUUUGGAGCAAAUUGCAAUUGAUUCAGCAAUCUACACACUUGAGAAAAAUCAUACAUAGAGAGGAAAGAUUCAAGAGAGUAUUUUUAGUCUAUAUUUGAGAGAUUAUCUUUGUUCUCAUGAUAUUAGAGAACUUCUUGUACUCUCCUAUUUCUACAUAGUGGAAUUAUCUUGCUCUUGAUCGCCCGUGGUUUUUUCUCCGUCUUUGGAGUUUCCACGUAAACUUGGUGUGUAUUUAUUUUUCUUGUCUCUCUACUUACUUCUCUCUAUCUCUAAUUAACUUGAUCCAGUGCUUCCGCAUUCCGCUCAUUCUUUCUGAUACCCAACAUGAUGCAUUUUACUAUCCCUUGUGAUUGAAAGAAAUCAAGCUAUCGAUAGAAGUCUUUGUACAUAAAUUGGUAUUCAUAUCAAGUUUUCAAAUUAGAUGUAGUUGAAGGGGAAGGACCAGAAACACAUGAUGGAGAUUUGGUUGAAUUCAAUUAUGUAUGCAGGCGUGCAAAUGGAUACUUUGUUUUCAGUGGACCAAUUCAGUGGAGAAAGUAAACCUGUUAUACUUCCUUUGGAUGAGAACCAGAUGAUAGCGGGCUUAAAGGAGGUCCUGACUGGCAUGAGAGUUGGUGGAAAGAGAAGAGCACUGAUUCCACCUUCAUCAGGAUAUGUAAAUGAGAACUUGAAACCUAUACCUGAAGAGUUUGGCCCUCGUCGCAGCCUUUUUUCUCAUGCACAGGAGCCUUUGGUUUUCGAAGUUCAACUCUUGAAAAUUUUGAGCCCUCCUCUACCACCUGCAUUUAACUAAUUCUUUUUUUUAAUCUAUUGUGUGUCACCAUGCAUUUCAUUAUAAAGCUUUGUAGUCUUGAUCUAUUUAGAACCACUCAAGAUUUGAUUUUAAAAUUUAAAAUAAGUCUAACAAUUACAUGAAAGAUGACUUUGAUUCAGCA